AUGGCGGACGAAGGAGCAAUUCCUUUGGUGGAUUUUAGUGUCAUGGGUUUAAAUUGCGCAAAAUUGCCUUCGCAAGACGAUGAAUCGGUCAAGCUGUUAGCCGAAAAGAUUCAUACAGCUUUUAGCACGAUCGGCUUCGUGUAUUUAUCAAAUCACGGUAUAUCUGAUGAGGAGGCAAGUCUGUUAUAAAGGUUUUACUAAGGGGUACAUCGGGGUAUUACUUACAAAAAUGGACUGUUCUUCAUGAAAUCAAAGUCACGUACUUUAUUAUUUUGUUAUUUUCAAAUCCCUAUGCCAAAAAAGAGAGAAAUCGCUUUUACGAUUUUCGGAGAUACUACAAAAAUAGCUAGCACUGAUGAGCAGGCCAUUAUAGCCAAAAGAGGGAAAACCAGUUAACCAGUUAACUUUCUCGUUUUUUGACUGCUUUGCUUUCUCUUUUAACGUCACCCAUUAGAUUUAAAGGGUUCUUUCACCAAGGGUAACCCAUGAUUCUUCCAUGAGUGGUGUGGAUUCAAGCCGAAGGGGUGGGGGUGGGGGGGGGGGAGGGGUGGAGUUCCUUGACUAAUUUUUUGGUUUAGGUGAGCCACUGACCCUGUUUAGGACAAAACAUUCCUCAAAUUCAUACCCUGUUUAGGACAACACCCUCAAUUUUAUUACCCUGCUUAGCACAAAGGAGAAAGUGCACGCCAUCUUGUUUUAAAGCAAUUGAGCAAUUUCAUGUUAAAGGCUUUUGUAUACUUGGAGUACAAACAAAAUUCAUUUAGCAAAUCAAAUCAAUCGUGCAGGCAAUACCCUGUUUAUAGACUCCACACAAAAUUACAUACCCUGGUUAGGACAGACCCACACAAAAUUAUAUACCCUGUUUAGGACAGAGAGGUAAAAAAACCGUACCCUGUCCUGCGGCACAUCCCUGUAUAGGCCAUAUGAGGGAGUACCCCCCACCCCACCCCACCGGGAUCCAGAAAGCUUGUAGUGGUUGCUGCAUAUCUUAAUCUUUUUUUAUUAAUAAACUUACUGAAAUAUAUUUUUUUUCUACCGAUCAUGUUUUUGGCAGAUUUCAGAGGUUCGUAAGGCUGGUGAUGGAUUUUUCAAUCUUCCUUCUGAUGUCAAAAAAAGCUAUUCCCGUCCUUCUGAUGGAAGGAACUUUGGCUGGGUUUCACUAGAAAGAGAAAGGUAUGGCUUACAGCCUUAAAUGUUUUAGUGUGUCCAGGACAUUCCAUUUUAUCUGCAUCCCCCGAAGACAACUGGAAUCCGAAUCUUCAAAUUUUUGCAGCACCCUUUGAAAAAUAAAAUGUGAAGGAUUAAUUUUUUUGUCGGCAUCUUUGAAAAAUUUGCCAGAAGGGUCCAAAUUUUGUCGCUUCUUUGAAGAUAAAAUUUGAACUCCCCUAUUAAAAAACCUGCCGUCCUUAGAGGGGGUUCCUCAGCACACCCCCCUUCCCACUGGACAAACCCCAAUUGUUGUGAUUUUUUGUUGAUAAUUUUUAUUUGUCUACUACUCAUAAAGAUUCCUGUUUCUACAGCUUGAAUCCUUCACGGCCAGGAGAUUUAAAAGAAGCUUUUAAUGUUUGUGAGCUAGACGAGGAAUCACAGGUUUGUUGUAAAAUCAGUUAAGAGAAUUUCAUAAAAGACUAAAGCCUUUUUUCCUUUGAUCAUCAUUCAGUUCAUUUUCAUAACCUGUUCCUUUGAUGAUGAACAGAUAUUGUUAAGAGAAAACAGAGAUUCCAACCCUGUCAACUGAAAAAAAGGGAGGUUUGUGGAGUGGCAUAGCCAUGCCCACGAACGCCAAACGCACAAGCCACUAGGUGGGUCCAGGGGCAUACUCCCCUGGGAAAAACUUUAAGAUAUGUGCCUUUAAGAUGCCAUUUCCUGCAUUUUGAGAUCACAGUCAAUGGAAAAUAGUGGAGUUUUUAAGCGGCAGUGGAAGCUAAGGCCUAUUGGUCCGUAUCAGGUCAGUGCAUUACUGUACCCAAAUUAUCGCAGGCUCAUGUUCGGAUGCCAAAAGGGUAAAAAUGGUUGAGAAAACACUGAAAAACAGCAAAGAAUCGUGCUAAAAAAGACUGGUUAAACAAAGAAAACAUUAUCUUUCUUUGGCUAGGAAGAGUUUCAAAUACCGGGAGAAUAUUAAGCGAAAACGGGAGGCCAGAAAUAUUCACUGAAAAUGGGAGGUUUCCGGCCAAAACGGGAGGGUUGGAAUCUCUGAAAAAACUGAAGUUAGUCGCUCUCGGGACUAAUGGAAGCAGGACUGUAGCUAGAGGAAGGUGAAAUGAGUGUUGAAUUUCUUGAAAAAUAUUUUGUACUUGUUAUCUUUAUUUCUGACAUCACCUCAGCAAAUAUUUUCAUUAGGCUACAGUUCUGCAUGUAGAAAGCAUUGCUUGCAAAUCGCUGCUUAUCCCUGUAAAGAAUAUACAAUAUACAUGCACAUGUAAAGGGGACUGAUGUCAAUAAUUUUUGGAUCUUUUACGUCUCUUUUCUUGUAGAGAUGGCCAGACAAAGAAGCCCCAGAAUUUAAACCUGUAGUCAUUUCUUUUUUCAAGAAGUGUACUGAUCUGGCACUGAGAAUUAUUGAUGUUGUUAGCAUAGGUCUCAAGCUUAAGGUUGGUAAAUGAUACUUGAAUAAUAUAUAGAUUUAGCCAGAGCUAAAAGCAAAGCUCCCAUUUAUGCAUUUAUAAUAUUAUCUACUUCAAACAACGAACCUGGAACUAUUGCAGAGAAAUUCACAAUAUAUUUAAGUUUAGGAAAGGACCAUAUGACUGUUGAGGACAAGCUGAAAACGUGAAUUUGAGCCGGGGAUCAAUUAAAAGCUAAUAACUGGUUAGUGGGAUACAUAAAAAAAAUGUGAACUUGAUGAGUUGACACUUGAGCCCAUAAUCAGGUCAUGUCAUUCUGGUCAGCAGAUACCCUGUUUUGACAGCUGUGAAUUGACCAUAAUAUGGAUGUCUAUUAUAAAGUUAAACACAGGUUACAGGCUCCCAUGUGACAUUUCACAUUGGUUUCCCUGUGGUGCAGCCAAAUGGAGGGGUGGACAGACGUACAGUGCAGUCACAUUACUACCAAAAUUUCUUGGAUGCAUACAUGUAGAUAAGCAAAUUUUCUUACCCAUGGUGUUCUGCUGCAUGCAGUAAAGCUUCGCUGUAAUUAUUAUAAAGAUGCACUUAACUCCCUGGCAAACCUUACAGAUGUUUGAGUGAAACGAUCUCCUGCUAUGAUUGAUUUUUGCCAUUAUGGACUUGCAGACACUUUUUUUAGGUUUCAACAACACAGUUUUAUUGUUGUAACUCUUGCUCAAUAGACUUGAGCUAUAUCUUUCAACAUUCAUCAGCAAAAUUAAUGUUGUCUGUUUUUUCCCCAAGGUAGAGCCGAGGGAAACAUUGAGAUUUGAGGGAAACAAAAUUAACUGUUUCCCGAGGGACCAGUCUUAAAGUGAUUUGUUAUAUAGCUGGAAAGUUUGAAGCUGGAAAUUCAUUAAAUCUCACUGUAACAGCAGUGGUGGGUAAAUAUUUGUGGGUAACAGUGCACUGUUACCCUCUGAGGUAAAAGAUUUUGCAACGUUGCCUGCUCAGAGACUUUGGCGGGAAACAGUACUUUCAUUGUUAGAUGUCAGGUGACCUCAGAGUAACCAAUGAGAGCGUGCUCUGUUGGGAAAAAAAUUUCAAGCUAUAUAACAAUAACCAUAUAUUGAUGCACGACACAUGAAACAUAAAUUUAACAAUGACUGAGCAAAUCCAUCAUUUCUAUAGUCUAUAAGAGUGAAGACCAUGGAAAAUUGUGGUUGAUUUGUUAACAAAGCAGUUAUUGUCGCAUAAAUAUUUACAGGACCCCAAAUGGCUCAGUGAAGUCCAUGGUGGCAUUGGCACUGCCGAGAAUGCAACUGCGUUGCGACUGUUAUACUACCCACCCCUCCCUGAAGACUCUGAUAUAAAACCUGGUCAGGUACGGUGUGGGGAGCAUAGUGAUUAUGGCUCAAUUACUCUCUUGUUUCAAGAUGAUGUUGGUGGCUUAGAGGUGAGAGAUAUUUUAAAGACUUAAGUUUAAUCUUAAAUUGCAACAACUAAAGAUUGUUUUGAUCUAUUUUUUGGCAGGAGUGUAAAAUCUAAACAUGUAAAUGCCUUGUUUAUAGCGGAAGUGCCUUAGGCCACACCUAUACUAAUGCGUUUUCAUUUGAAAAUGCAUACAUUUUGAUGUGUUAAGUCCUUCUGUCCACACUACUUUGAGCGUUUUCAUUGAAAACUCAUAGAUUUGAAAACGCUCUUGAAAGUGGUUCAAAAUGAAAAAUGUGUGCAUGUCAUAUAAGUGUGGAUGGUCAAAAACGGUUGAAAAUGCAUCAACAGGAAAAUGAUGACCAAAAACAUCACAGGCGCAUGUGUUUGUAGCAGGUACAUAGAGUUUAACUUAUGCCACAUGGGGUAUCAAUAAUUUCUGGAUUGACAUACCAAUACUCUACAUUACACAGGUUCUGCCAGUGAAUGGAGAAUAUACUGCCGCCAAGCCUGUUGCGGGAACUGUGUUGGUAAACAUCGGAGAUCUCAUGCAGCAAUGGACUGCUGAUAAACUAAGAUCAACAGUAAGUUGAGUAGGCCACGCCCGAGUUCCCAAAACCUUCACUUUUAAAACGAGGCCAAGUGCACAACCUUUCUUGUGGAAAUGUGUUCUAUUUGCAUGAGAAUGAAAAACAUUUUCAUAUCAUAGGUUGAGCAUUUAACCUCGUUUUGAUACAGAGGCCCAGGGAACUCGGAAAUGGCCUAUUCCCCCUUAACAAGGCUCUCUUGAGGGGGGUGGGAGCCUACGUCCUUAGCCUUACAGUGUUUUGCGUUUUGAGGGGUAGGCCAUGGCCUUGUUGGUAUUCACAAUCAAGGCAGGUGAAGCGUAUCCCCCAAGAUUCUAUCAAUAAAUUGAUUAUUUGAAAACUGAAUCCGUCAGUCGUUCCCGUAAAAAGUGUCAAAUUCAAAUUGGCAUUCCUGCACACGUAAUGAGCAGUGAAUAUUGUACGAGAACUUAAACUGGUCUCGCAUGGCGAUGGCAUUGAAAAACCACAGGCAGCACAAACUCUACGGUCGUUUGAAUGUGAACUUUAUAAGAGAAUAUUUUCGAGGAAUAAACAACAUCUCAAUCUUUCGCAAAGAUUCGAAAGCAAAUGACUUACCUUGUACUUGUGUUCUUUCUGUUCGGUUCUCGAACCAUUUCAAAGUUGUUCGCGGCCAGUUUUCAGCGUUUUAGAUUUCGAGUUGUACUAGCCUUUAUUUCUUUGUAUGGUAAGAACUCGAAAUAUAUCUUUUGCCCCACUCAAUUUGUCAAUUGUAGACAAAUUGUUCAGCAGUUGAAUUCUUCAGCACUCUGUCCAAGUUCAAAAACGGAAAAUUCGUCGUCGGUUGUUCACUUCGUCCAACGUGGCAAUGGUAGGUUUCACGUCGUGAUCAAGUAGUUAAAGUCAGCGAAGUUUGCCAAAAAGGCGUGAAUCACGCGUUUUGGCAACAACAGCUCUGCACGUGCAUCACUGAUGCACGUGCAGAGCUGUUGUUGUUGUUGUCGUUUGUGCCAAAAAGUCUGAAGCACGUACAGAGCUGUUGUUUUGUUUAUAAAACCAAUGUUUUUGACUUCCUGGUUUUGCUUUGGGUUAAGCUAACCUCCGAAUUUGAAAUUUUGUUCUUAAAAUUUGAGGCUGGCGUUUAGCAUUGAUGCAAAUGACCGCCAAAAACUGAAGCUGCUAUAAAGCAGUACUAAUUUCCGUUUAGAUCGUUCUAACGGGGAAGUGAGGACUCCCUUUUCAGAUGUCCUUUUUCCCACGAAAAGGUUUCACUAGAAUGACCCGAAAAGUUACAGAAUUGAAAUUCCGUUUUUUUUUUGUUUAUGGUAAAUAACCUUUCUCUCCCUCCUUCGCUUCCUCUUUGUCAUCACACCCCACUCGCUGUUCAGCAGAGGUGCAGCACAGAAAACACUUGGAAAAACAAGGCGGCGGUCAGCAAAGACCAAGGCAGCGUUCAUCGGCGCUCGCCGCGCACGUGAGCGGACCACGUCAGAAUUCAGGGGCACGUGGUCAGCGCCCGGGUGCAAAGUCGAUACCUUGUUCUAGGGCAGUAAAUUGGCCGCCGGGUCCCCGAUUGCACACUUUUUCCGUCCGUUCCGAGGCAACCCACAACCCGCUGCUAACUUUCUUACUUUUCAAAAUGGCGUCUGACAGGGCAAAAUGGAGCAAGUUUGUACACAGUUAGAUAUCGGGUAUUAGUAAAAUCCAACUAGUGGUCUAUUAUCAUUGCUGCGUUCUAAUUGGUUGAGCUACUUCUAGGCUAUGUUAUAGCCUACUAGUAGCGAAAGCGCCGGCCUUUGAAAACCAAAAUAAUGGCGGCUGAAUCGCGUUUUGCUAGUUAAAGUUGUUUUGUCCUAAUAUUUUUGACCAGCUAGUUGGAUUUUACUAAAACAAUUAUUCCUCUCGCCCUCAUGGCCUCUGAGUCAAUAGCCCAUUCAGCCUUCGGCCUCAUAGGCUGUUGACUCAGCGCCCAUUCGGGCUCGAGGAAUAAUUGCUAACUACACUUUUGUUGGUUGUAACUUUUGAUAAGGUUUGUUAUAAUGCAACUGGAACGUACUUGUUUGACUGGAAGCUGUGGUUUUGUCAUUCACAAGUAAACGCGAACAAGGACGCGUAGUUGGGAUAUCAAAAUGGAUUAGUACCCCUGACACAGCCCCCAAAAGUCAGAAAUUCCAAUAACACGUGGGAAUUUAGACUACGAGCAGUCUCUUUUUUUUCUUAAUCUGUUGAGCGAAACGCGCGAGACACGAAAAUGGUCACACGUGUGAUGGAAGGCGCGAGACGGGAGAGAAAGGAAAAAAGGCUACCGCUCUCGUUUCUCGCGGCUUUGCCACUCGACUCUCGCUCGCGCGCGCGCACUACUCUUAAUAAAUCUGACGAAAAAGCGACUGCUCGCAGUCUGGUGGAGAUUUGUUUUAUAUUUAGUCAUUUAAUAACUUUAUUUUCUUUUCCAGAAACAUAGAGUACUCAUUCCCGAAGAGGAGCUUAAAAGAAAAAUAUUGCGUAGAUCACUAGCGUUUUUUGUUCAUCCUAACAAUGAUGUUAUGAUUGAAUGUCUCGAUGGGUCAAAUAAAUACCCUCCCAUAACAGCUAUGGGAUAUCUUCAGCAACGAUUUGCCGCGACAUACUAA